AUGCUUCGGACCGCAAUGCCGAUCAACGAGACUCAUACUCCGAUGACGACGAAGACCUUGACCUUCAAUCAAACCAUUCUGUCCAUAACUGAAUUCAUUGAAGUCGCCAUACACACCAUCCUGUACGUACGGCAGAUCUAUCCAGCGGACUUGUUCGUCCGUCGCAAGAAAUACGACACUCCUGUCUAUCAGUCCAGACACCCCGCUCUCAACGAAUACAUCUCCGGUGCUGUCAAGUCGAUUCGCGACCAACUCUUGGCGGGGAAUGUCGAGAAAGUGGUCGUUGUAAUCAAGGACAAAGAGGAGGUGGCGCUGGAGCGGUUCAUGUUCUCUGUGGAACAGAUGGUGGAGAUUGAGUCUUUCAACAAAGACACCAGUGUCGAGAAUGGAAUCGCUGCCGCGGAACUAGGGCAGUACUUCCGUGGCUUUCUCGUCAAACUCAAUCUAGUCGAGUCCCAACUCGGUCCUCUGAACGGUGGCGAUGAUGUAUCGUUUGCGAUUGUGCUUGAACUCAAGCCUGAAACUGCGCCUGUCAAGCCGAAAGGCAAGAGCAAGAACCCACCGCCAUGGAUUCCUGCCUUCACUCAGCAUACUACACCCGGUACCUCGGAUGAUUCUGAGCUUCACAUGCGGGCUACGCGCGCUCAACACUGGUAUAAUCAACUACAAGAAUCGGACGUCAAGCUUCAGAAGGAGAGAGAUGCUCUGAAGAAGCGCCAACUGGCUGAACAAGCACCGCAACCUCCGACCGUCGAGCGAACACCCAAAUCCACUAAAACCACCCAAAGUGAGAUGUCAGACCCGGAAGGUUGA